AGGCACAGGCACUUAGAGAGAGAGAGAGAGAUUAUUUUUUUUAAUUAAUAGAUCGUUGAUUAAUUAGUAAUCAUGGGUUAUUGCGAUGGAAAAUGGACGCCGAUAUUCAUGAUGCUUUUUGUUUUCUCGGCAACCGGUUCGGUUAACGCGAUGAUUAAGAAAAUCCUCGAUGGUGGUCUUAACCAUAUGGUUAUCGCUACAUAUCGUCUCGCUAUUUCCACCGUGUUCUUGAUUCCAAUCGCCCAUUUAUGGGAACGGAAAACAAGACCGAAGCUUACGUUCAGUAUCUUGUGCCAGCUUUUCUUCAGUGCUCUUAUCGGGGCAAGUUUGACGCAGUAUUUCUUCCUGCUCGGCCUCUCGAACACUUCAGCAACGCUGGGAUGUGCUUUUACGAGCAUGAUGCCCGCAAUUACCUUCUUUAUGGCUCUAAUAUUCAGGAUUGAAAAGCUGAACAUGAGAAGGAAAGCAGGAUUGGCUAUGAUGAUGGGAAUUUCGGUGUGUAUCGGAGGAGCUUUGUUCCUAACCAUGUACAAGGGUGUUCCAUUGUCAUCCUUUCACAAACAAGCAGCUUCAGCCUUAGAGAACGUUCAUAAACACGACGAUCACACGACGAAAUCUAAGAAUUGGAUCAUCGGAUGCGUAUUUCUGUUCACGGGAGCCAGUUUCUUCGCUUCUUGGAUGCUCGUACAAGCAAAGAUCAACGCGAAGUAUCCAUGCCAGUAUUCGAGCACCGUUAUAUUAUCCUUCUUCGGCACCAUCCAGUGUGCUCUCCUCAGCCUCACCAAGUCUAGGGAUAUUACGGCAUGGAUCCUCCAAGACAAACUAGAAAUCAUAACCGUUGUUUAUGCAGGAGUGGUCGGACAGGGAAUUUGCACUGUGGGGAUGUCUUGGUGUAUCAAACAGCGAGGGCCUAUCUUUACAUCUGCUUUUACUCCCGUGACACUUGUUUUCGCGACUCUGUUCGAUUUCUCGAUAUUUCAUCGCGAUAUCUAUCUCGGAAAUGUUUUGGGAUCUGUCGUCGUUACGUUAGGUCUUUACAUAUUCCUGUGGGGUAAAACCAAGCAAAUGGACGAGUGUGCGACCAAGUUGCCAGUUAAACUCGACGAAGAUGAAGAGGAAGAACAAUAUAAGAAGGGUCAUCCAGUGGUCGUGCCAAUGACUCCUUGAUCGUGUUAUUGUUCAUGUAGUAGGAUAUGAACAUAUAUAUAUAU